AGCUCACAUGCUCAAUUCUCUAACAUAGUUCCUCUAAAUCUUAAACCUCACAAAAUCAACUCUCGCUCUCUCUCUCUCCUCCCCCUCUCUCUCUCUCUCUCUCAACUCCCAAAACUGCUUCAUUCAGACCAUCUCCAACCAAUCAAAAACACAAUAUUUCUCACAUCUUGAGCAACCCCAACACCCACAGAAACUCUCACAGGUGAAUCAAACAAUGGACAACUUGUUUCGCCUUGUUGAUCAUGAAGACACGCUCUCAAACCGUUGCAUUUGGGUCAAUGGCCCCAUAAUCGUAGGAGCAGGUCCAUCAGGGCUAGCCACAGCAGCAUGCCUUAGAGAACAAGGGGUACCCUUCAUGGUUCUCGAAAGAGCAGAUUGCAUAGCCUCAUUGUGGCAAAAACGCACCUACGACAGGCUCAAGCUUCACCUUCCAAAACAGUUCUGCCAGCUCCCCAACCUCCCAUUCCCACAAGACUUUCCUGAAUACCCCACCAAGAAACAGUUCAUAGACUACCUCGAAUUAUACGCAAAGCGCUUCGAGAUCAACCCUCGCUUUAACGAGUCCGUACAGACCGCUAGCUACGAUCAGACUAGCGGUCUGUGGCGGGUUAAGACCACCAGUGGCCACCCCGGCUCCACCAGCUGCAACGAGAUCGAGUACGUUUGCAGGUGGCUCGUGGUGGCCACUGGUGAAAAUGCGGAAUGCGUGGUGCCUGAGAUUGAAGGGUUGAGUGAGUUUAAAGGUGAUGUCAUCCAUGCUUGUGACUACAAAACAGGGGAAAGCUUCAGGGGAAAGAAAGUGCUUGUCGUUGGUUGUGGUAACUCUGGAAUGGAGCUUUCUCUUGACCUUUGCAACCACAAUGCAUCACCCAAAAUUGUAGUUCGUAGCUCGGUUCAUGUGUUACCUAGAGAAAUUUUUGGGAAAUCGACGUUUGAAUUGGCAGUGAUGAUGAUGCAAUGGCUUCCACUUUGGCUCGCUGAUAAGAUUCUAUUGAUUUUGGCAUGGUUGGUUCUGGGUAGCGUCGCGAAGUACGGGCUUAAAAGGCCAUUGGAGGGUCCAUUGGAGCUGAAGAACAAACAGGGGAAAACCCCUGUUUUGGACAUUGGUACCUUGGUGAAAAUCAGAUCCGGUGAGAUAAAAGUUGUACCGGGAAUUAAGAGGUUCAACAAUGGCGAAGUUGAGCUUGUUAAUGGUGAAAAGCAUGAUGUUGAUGCAGUGGUUCUUGCAACCGGUUACCGCAGCAAUGUCCCUUCUUGGCUCAAGGAAGGUGAAUUUUUCUCUAAGAAUGGAUUCCCAAAGUCACCAUUUCCUAAUGGUUGGAAAGGAAAUGGUGGGCUUUAUGCCGUUGGAUUCACAAAGAGAGGGCUCUCUGGUGCUUCAUCUGAUGCUAUCAAAAUUUCUCAAGAUAUUGGCCAAGUCUGGAAAAGAGAGACUAAGCAAAGGAAACAGUGCACCAUCACUGCUUGCCAAAGACGUUGCAUUUCCCAGUUCUGACUGAAUUGCACACCAACAACAACUGUUGUUAACAACAUUCAACUGUGAACUGUACAAGGAGCACUGUUUCUUUUAGCUAGAAUUUUUUUGUUGUAUAAACAAAAUUAACAAUGUCUUCAUAAAAAUACUGAGAGAAAAACAUAGAUAGCACAGAGAUAGAGCCCUCUCCAAAGGCCAAAGUUCUCAAUCUUGCUUUCUUCUUGGGCCCUUUCUUUUGAAAGCCAGGGAUGAUGAGGCUCUUCACCAUUUCUUGUCCUGUAUUUAUACAGCUUUGGUAGAUCAGGUUAAAUGAUACAGUUUUGACACAGUUUCAAUUUCAA